CAAGUAAAGGAUGGGGGUGCCACGGCUUUCAUAUUGUACCACCAUUUUCAUAUUGAUCAUCAUUGAGAUAAAGAGAAAAGACAGAAGACGAAAGACAGAAGACGAAAGACAGAAGACGAAAGACAGAAGUUGUUUAGAUGAGGUAUUUGCAUAUCAACCCAAUUUUGGUUCUGUUUCGCAAGCAUGAAGAGCGACAGUUCAUGUUUUAUGUUUACACACACACACACACACACACACACACACACACAUGCACACCCACUCAUCUAACUACAAACACUUAUUUUUAGAUACUCAACCCACAGGAAGUGAAUUUAACAAGGUCACACACACACACACACACACACACAUAUGCACACACAGACACACAUGAAGUAUUAUAUGUAUUUUCACACUCACACACCAUAGCCACAAACUUCUGCAAACCAGUUCAUCAGAAAAAAAAAAAAAAAAAAGAGGAACACGACAAAAGGAAUGAAGACACAGAAGCCAAAAGAAGACAUUGCCGGAGAGAAGAAGACAAACAAAGUCAGACAAAGUGAGAGAGAGGAAACAUAAAUAGAAGAGGAAAGACAGAUACGAUAGAGAGAUAAAAGCAGAGAGCGAGAAACAGAAAAAGACAGGAAGACGCAGAGACUGUUGGACUGAUGAAUGAUGGAGGGAGAAGUCAGAAAGAAAGGGAUGCUCUAUCAACAGCAGCAGCGCUUUGGCAAGAAAUGGAAGAAGGUAUGGGCUGAAGCCGUAGCCAACAGCACACACAGCCUCUCCUGUCUGGAGCUCUUCGAGUUCAGCAAGUCCUCAUUGAAGGAGAAUAAAAAACGUGCCGAGGGUAAGAAGGUGAUCGUGAUGAGAGACUGCAUCAAGAUAACAGAGAGAGAAGCUGAGGGAUGUCCAAAAGAAUGCAGCACCUUCCUGCUUGAAACUGCAGACAGGACAUACACAUUCGCCUCUCCAACCUCAGAGCUACAGAGUUGGAUCAAGGAGCUGUGCAAUCUGGCAUUUCCUUUGAAUCAGGCUGAGUGUAGAUCACAGAAGCAGGAUCAUCCUCAACCUGUAGAGAUGCAGGAGAACACUCUUUAUGGGACCACUGAGAGUGUUCGGGAUUUCCUGGUAAUUGCUGUGUCGACGGAGGCAACAUUACGCUGUAAGCUGUAUGGAGAAUACUUUCUCACACCACAACAUGACUCGUUACUCCUAAAGAACCACAAAACAAAGCAGGUUCUCCUCACAUGGCCUUAUCGCUUCGUCAGGAAAUUUGGUCAAGACAUGCUGUCUUUUAACUUCGAAGCAGGUCGCAGGUGUGAGUCUGGCGAAGGCUACUUUGAAUUCGCCACGAGUCAUAGUGAUCGUCUCUUCACAAUCAUCAGUGAUGCUCUCAAGAAACUUCCAAAGAUGGAAACAUCCGGAACAAGACCCAAAGAGCAGCAGAUUCCCCAGAAUUCCCAGCAAUCCCACACACCUCCGGCACAGACGAAGCAUCCGAAGAAAAAACUGACCACAAGCUUUUCGCUGAACUCCAUCAACUUGAGUGAUAUUCCCAGCAAAGACAGCCAAGUGAAGAGCAUCGACAGCACUCCUCCUCUCUCGAGUAACGUCCAAGAUCCAGUUUAUGCUAUGAUUACCAGACCAAAAUUACACAUGAAGAGCACCAAGGAUUACCAACAGUUUGGCCCACUUCCUGAUUUUGUCACCCUCUCUGAGGACAUUUCCGGUGUCCUAGAAGAGGAAGAUCAGAUGAACCCAGAGCAAUUAGCCAUCCAUACUAAAUUUAAGGACUACGAAGAUGAAACAGUCUACUCAGAAGUGAAAAAUUUUGAUGAUUAUGGGAGCAAGAAUGAAACUGUUGACAACACAGUAGACGCGUAUUUCUACGAACCUCAAUCCCACAAUCUAACUGUCUGCUCAGACCUCAAAGACUCUCGUGCUGUAGGUUUCAACAAAGACUAUAAGAACCAACAAUUUGUUCCACAGUCUAAUUUCCUAAAGCUUUCUAAGGACAUAUCCUGCAUCAAAGGCGAAGAAGAGCAGCUGGACAUGUCAAUGGAGCGGUUAGCCAUCCAUCAUACACCUAAUGUCUAUGGAGCAGAAGGCAUGUACUCACAAGGAACGGAUUGUUAUGAUGAUUAUGGGAACAAUGAGGAAUUUGUGGACAAUGUAGAAGAUCUUGAAUAUUUCUACCCACCUCCUGCAUCUGACACACACUUCAGAAAUAGCCCCUCCAACCUUGAGGACUCUCAAGCUGACGGAUUUUCCACCUAUGAUAAUUUACCCAAAAGACUAUAAUCUACUCUGCGAUUGUUUUGUGUUGGUCCUUUAAAAAUUCUAUAAAUUUUUAUGCAUUUUCUAUGUCUACAGACAAGUGAUAAAACUGCCCCCCACAGCAUAACAGAUCCAUUGAACCCCCUACUGUAGGACUCAAACAUUCAGGCCUGAACUGUUCUGUUGGUCUGUGUGACAGAUUCACUCAUCCACUUGUCAAGAAUAUGGCAAAAGAUGUCUUAUGUGACCAUAUCACUUUCACAUCUCUGUAGACCCAGGACUGUGGUUUUAAAGUUCCACUAAAGAACACUGAAAACUAAUUUGCUGUAGAGUGCUUUUUUUUCACCUCUAGAACUUUGAGAUGGUUGGCUCUAGAUCCCUGAUGAUCAAAUUAGCAAUCAGAGUUCUGGCGAGUGCUAUUCAGCAUCGAUUAUUGACUUCACAACCUUCGUCAUUGGUUACACUGAUGAUGACUGAAGAUCAGUUCCAUCUCUAAAGCCAUGAUGAUCCCCACCAGAGGCCUGGUCUAUUGAUGGUGGCAGAGUGCUGGUGAUCUCCUUUUCUUGACUUCUUCUUGACUGACUCUUGAUUUGUGACGAUGGAUUCCAGAGUCUUGGUUAUUGCCCACACAGCCCUGAUGAUCAUCUCCAAGUCUUUGAUGAUUGGUUACAUGUCCAGAUCCUCAGUGACGGGCUGGAGAGUUAAUGGUGGGAUUAAUGAUGAUUGCUCCAAAGCUCUGAUGAUUGGCUCCAGAACACUGACAAUCUGUUCCAGACCACUGACAAGUGACAUGGCAGUAGCGGCCUAAUGAUUGACUCUAGAACCCUGUGCAUCGAUCACAGAGUUUUCAUAAUCACUUUGUGAGCCCUAAUGAUGGGCUCCAGAGUGCUGAUCAUUGGCACUACAGAACCUUGAUCAUCAGUUACAGUGCAUUCUAGAUAAUCAGGUUUCGAUAAUGAGUUUUGAUGCUCAUUUCCAGAUCCAUAAUGAACCAGACAAUUGAUUAUUGACUACACUGAUCAGCAAUUCCAGAACACUGAUGAUCAAAACUAAGGGGCUGAGGAUCAAAUCCAGAGUUUUGAAGAUCAUCUCCAGAUCCAUGAUGAUUAGUUUCAGAGUGUUGGUAAUUUGCCUGAUAGAUUAGACUGGCAGUGGAGUGAUAAUAAUUGAGCUGAAAACAGGACACAUUACAAGUUCAGAUUUGUGCACAAUAAUUUCAAAACAAUUUGGAAGUGUACUCAUAUAUAUGGUUUAUCAUCAUCAUUUCUCUUCUCACUAUUAAGUCAUGUAACAACUUUGGCUCAUUGUUUCAUCUUUAUCACAUUCCAACUAAUGUACAUGUGAGGGGCUUUUUAUCAGGUAGUUUCUCUGUUCCGUAGCUAGUUUAAACAAUAAAAAAAAUCAGGUAUAAGGUUGAUCUGUUGAUCUUUUCUAAAAUGAAAAUAUCAACCUUGCCAUUUUUAAAAGGCCUAAGAGUUUGCUUUCAGAAUAUUAACAUGCACUUUAUUGUGCAACCUGUAGAGGGCAAUAUCUCUCUCCUGAUGCAUUAUGGAGCAAUAAGUUGUGAAGUAAUUCUGAAUACUGAAUGGUGCAUUUAGGGACUAAAUUACCGAAGAAUGAUGCAUUAGACACGAUUCAGCAGAGACACAGACCACGCAGAGUGGCUGUUAUUUUUGUGAGUUGCUCAUAAAUGGCACUUUCCAAUAGUAAUAAAAUAUAUAAAAGGUAUGAUUUGGUUACUCAUGUAUAUAUAACAUACAUAAAUUCUAUUUGAACAAGGUUGAGGUUCUUAUUUCAGUAUAAGCUGCUGUAUAUCAUAAAAACAAAUCAAAUUAUUAUAAUGCAGGCUUUUAUGGUAGCACCAGCAUAUUUACACAAUGUAUUUUGCAAGAUACAAAAAGCAAAAGCGUAGGAUAAAGACAGUAAGUAAGUAGAAGAAGAGAUACAGCAGGUGUAUAUUUAUACAGGACUGUUCCAAUGACAGAUUUGAGUGUUUAAAUGCUCUUGACACCAGUUACACUGGGUAUGGAGACUGCAUCAUAUACUGAGUUGACUUUACUGUUAUUUUAACGUAUAGUAUUUCCUAAUGCAAAGUUGUAAAAUCCCAAAACCCAAAUAUGGAAGUGGGUUUAAAGCAUUUUCUAUUUGAGUAUUAACUCUGUAAAAUGAUGUACAGUACCAGGAACUGUAUUGCAAUUAAAAUAAGAGAAGCCCUUGUUAUA